UACUAGUGGGUAGGUAUUCUUAGUAAUAAGGGCUUACCCAUUUUGUUCUUUGGUAUCAGUUUUAUUGUCCAAUGAAAUAUUAUCCGAGUCUGAGUAUACUUUAUUAAAAUUAAAAUCCAGGCUUUCAUCAAGGCAAUCUUGUAAGUCAUGUGUAAGUACGAUAUUAUUAUCGAAUUGUUCAUUCUGAUGAAGUUGAUUUUCGACCUUUCCAAUCCAAGAAGUCAUUAUUAUAAGAAUAACUUGUGAAACACUCAAUACUCAUUUCGGUAACACAGAAAUACAAAAAAAGAAAUAUGAACUAGAGAAAAUUAAAGUAAACAACAAAAAUCCAUUUUUAGAAAUAUCUAUAAAUAAAAUUUUAAAGCACUGUUCAUCAUUCAAUUUUGAAACACAGAUUACUUUUGACAUUUGACAGUUUUUACCCCAAACUCAGAACAAAUCUAACAUGAAACCACAAACAUGGAUCGAGAAGAUGGGAAAUGUCAUUUUCGACAAGGAUUAUGUGCGUACUCAACACGUAACGAAUUGAAUAGAGAGAGACAUACGAAUAGCAUUAUGUUGAACGAAGAUAGUCGUCUCAACACGUGUCAAAUUGAAAGAUGAGAAUCCCAAUGCAGCCACCAGUGGGAUUCUCAUCUGUCAAUUCGCACGUGUUGAGAAGCUUGUCUUCGUUCGACAGAAUGUGAUUGUUAUGUAAUGUCUCUCUCUAUUCAACACGUAACGUGUUAAAUUAACACAUAAGUCCCUACGGCUGAGGUUGGUACUGACAACUGACAUUUUAAAUUGUUUGACAUAUGUCACCUGUCAAAUAGCUGUUUAGGUCAUCAUGGUUGAGGUGAAAAACUUAAUAUUUUUUGUUUAUUGUUUCUCCAUAUUAUUUUAUCCAAAAGCGAUGUUAAAGACCGAGUAAGAUAAGGCUGAAUAUCAUACCCCGAUUGUUCCUAAUUUAUUAAAGAAAUGGACAUAAAACAAGAUACAGACCCUUCCAAUCUUCUCGAGCUUAUUAAAUUGGAACCAGGAAUUGAUCCAGAUCAAACAAAGCAAAACGAACAUUGUUCUAGAAAACUAGAAACGUUUAAAAAUGAAUAUGGUGAUGUAUUUGAAUCUCAAACGUUUGAACAAUUCGGAUAUGUUGAUAAAGUUAAAGAAGAAAUCAAAUGUGAAAUGCCUGAAAUUGAAGAACGUUCGGAUGAAUUGCCGACAAAAAUUGACCAUGAUUCCUAUAGCGAAAACGUCCAAAGUUUUCCUUUUAAACAAGAACUUGAGAACACUAAAGACGUUAAAAUUAUAGAUACUAGUGGUAUUAAGCAAGAAGUUUGUGAAUAUAUAAAACCAAAAACUGAGAGUGAAUUGUUAACUUCACAUUGUGAUUUACCGACUUUAAAAAUUGAAAAUAUUGAUUGUCCCGACUAUUAUGAUUUAGAAUAUCCCUGUAGCAGCAAAUCCCUAAAAAAUACCAGUAAAGUUAUUUUAAAGAACAAGAAGAGGAUAUAUCCAUGCCCUAUCUGCCAGAAAAAUUUCCCUGCUUCUAAGUCAAGAUCGACUCAUAUUGAUGGACAUUUUAAGAAACGCUACGUAGUUUGCCAGUUUUGUGGAAAAAUAUUGAAAAAACUUGAAAUUUUUCAACAUUUUUUUAUUCAUGUAGUGAAAAAUGGAACUAAAAAUCACAUUGACAACAAAUCUUUGAAAUACAAUCUUUAUACUAAUGAGCAAAAAAGUAUAGAUUACUUUGAUAAAAAAUCGUUUGACACUUGUUCUAAAAAAUUGAAUGAAAAAUUUAAUUUCCAGAGUCAUGUAAUAAUUCACAGUAGUGAAAAUAAACUAUUUAAAUGUGACGUUUGUACCAAAGGUUUUAAUGAUAAAUUUGUAUUCCAGAGACAUCUAAACAUACACAGUGGUAAAAGACCAUUCAACUGUGACAUUUGUUUCAAAAAAUUUACUCAGAAAUAUCACUUACAGCAACAUUUAUUAAUUCACAGUGGUAAAAAACCGUUUAAGUGCGACAUUUGCUUUAAAGAAUUUAUUAAUAAAUAUGCCUUACAGAAACAUUAUUUAUUAAUUCACAAUGGUAAAAAACCAUUCAAGUGUGAUAUUUGUUCCAAAGAAUUUACUCAGAAAUCAACAUUACUGAAUCAUUUAAUAUUACACAGUGGUUCAAAACCAUUCAAAUGUAAUAUUUGCUCUAAAGGUUUUAACGAUAAAUCUAGUUUACAUAGCCAUUUAAUGAUUCACAGUGGUGAUAAACCAUUUAAGUGUGAAAUUUGUUCCAAAGAAUUUACUAAGAAAUCUCACUUACAGCAACAUUUAGUAAUUCAUAAUGAUAAAAAACAAUUCAAGUGUGAUAUUUGUUUCAAAGAAUUUAUUGGUAAAUUUCACUUACAGAGACAUUCAUCAAUUCACAGUAAUGAAAAAGCAUUCAAGUGCGAUGUUUGUUCCAAAGGAUUUAAUGAUAAACCUACUUUUCGGAGACAUUUAAUUAUUCAUAGUGAUGACAAACCAUUUAAGUGCGAUGUUUGUUCUAAAGGAUUUAAUCAAAAAUUUCAUUUACAGAGACAUUUCAUAAUUCACAGUGGUAAAAAACCAUUCAAGUGUGAUAUUUGUUUCAAAGAAUUUACUCAAAAAUCAACAUUACUGAAUCAUUUAAUAAUACACAGUGGUGCAAAACCAUUUAAAUGUAAUAUUUGCUCUAAAGGUUUUAAUGAUAACUCUUCUUUACAUAGCCAUUUACUGAUUCACAGUGGUGAAAAACCAUUUAAGUGUGAAAUUUGUUCCAAAGAAUUUACUAGGAAAUAUCACUUACAGCAUCAUUUUUUAUUAGUUCAUAGUGGUAAAAAACCAUUCAAGUGUGACAUUUGUUUCAAAGAAUUUAUUGGUAAAUCUCAUUUAGGGAGACAUUCAUCAAUUCACAGUUAUAAAAAUGCAUUCAAGUGCGAUGUUUGUUCCAAAGGAUUUAAUGAUAAAUCUACUUUUCGGAGACAUUUAAUUAUUCAUAGUGAUGACAAACCAUUUAAGUGUGAUGUUUGUUCUAAAGAAUUUAAUUAUAAAUCUCACUUACGAAGACAUUUGAUAAUCCACAAUGGUGAUUCUUUUUAAUUCGCUCCUCCUAGUUUAAAAACAGUAUAGAUGCUCCUAGCUAACAUACAAAAUUUAAUUUUUCUCGAUAGGUCAAAAACCUAAUAUUUUAAUUUUUACGUUCUGGGUUAUUAAGUAAUAAUCAAUUGAACGCUGUUCGUUUAUCACACUUAUAUUUCAACACUUAUACAACUUUAAUAUUCCCGACAUUUAGAGACGUUUAUCAAUACAUGUUAUCAUCUUAUCAGCCGGAGUCAUAGAGGUAUAUAUUGGUAGGAGGAAAAAUUAUUUUACUCCCAAGCUCUUUUUUGAUGGUAAAUGUGAGAUUUUUAAUAAUUGUGAAAAACAAUUAUUGACAUUUGAAGAAAAAAUUGUUUGGAGUAAAAUAAAUGUACUUAUAACAGUGUCACAAAAGUAUCACUUUUGCUCAUAAUAGUCAUAAUAAAACAAGUUAUCUUAGACAAAGCAGUACUUACUAAUAGGUUCGUCAUCAAUAAUGAAUUCUUCAUCGUCACUUGAAAAUAAUCUUUUUAAUGGCUUCGGUUUUCUUUCAGGAGGAAGAGGUUCUACAUCAUCAUCACUUGUUAUAUCUGAUGUUAUAAGAACCUUUGUUGUUUUCUGGCUAGCUUUCUGGUAGUUAUCUAAAAUAGAUAAAUAAUUUUAUACACUACUUUUUUUAAAUAAAUAAAAUAUGAAAUACUAUAACUAAAUAGUUACCUCGUAACCAAAAAUUCAAAAAAUAUAAUAUCAAGAUAUAUAAUGCAAAAUCAUUCCAUAAAACGACGUAAUUAAAACCACAAUACAUAAAGGGUAAGGUUUUAGUAACAAUACAUAGACAAGUAAGGUGUUUUAGUUGCCUAAAGGUGUGUUUAGUUAGCCUGAUUUACUUCUCUAAGCAUUCACAUCAUUAACAUAAAAGUUAAUAUAUUUCAAUGUACCUGUUUAUACAGAAUAACAUAAGCAUAAACAUAGUAAAGAUAAAUAAAAUCCAACUUAAUGCUUUAUUUAAUGUCGACAAUACAACUGCACAUGUGAGUUUAAAAAGUGAGGUAUUUUUUUACAUCUUUUUAUUAAUUUUGUGACAUAGUUAGCACAGCAAUUUUAAUAUGUCUUUUUCCCACUUUUAAUGAUUUGUCAAAUCUUAUGCUAAUGUUUAAAUUAUCUGUAUAAACGGUUUUGUUUUAAAAUCCUUAAAUUUAUGUUUAUAUUAAUGAUGUUAAUGAUUAAAACAAAAUUAGUCUAUCUACAGGCACCUUUAAAAUACAAAAAAAAAAAACCUUCGUUAAAAUAUGUUCUAUAAAUAGAAAAAAGUCCAAUUUUCUCCUGAGGAGUCGCCUUUUUUAAGCUGUUCUUAAAAGAUUCUUGCCACUUGUAUGAAUUAAUGAUCCUCCGCUGCCGUGCUUGUUGGCGUAUUGAAUUCCUAUGAACACACUAAAUAUAAACAAUAAUAUUGCACUAAAGUUCCUAACUACUUAUUUUUCAAAAAACAUGCAAAAUCAAACCAUGGAGGAAAAUCAAACGAUAAAAUGUUAGUUAUGGUGAAUGUUGCAAAAAGUGUUAAUGCCGCAAACCUUGGACAAUGGCGUGACAUCUGACAUUUCUAAACAGUGUGGACAACAUAAAAUUUUACAUGAAUAGGAAAAUUCCCAAAAAUCACUAGAUUUAAAAUGAGAAUAAUAAAUUAAUAUAAACACUAAAGAUAGUUUUAUAAAUAAAUAGAAUGUAAAACAACGAAGGUAUAGAUAGAAUCGACAUGUAUACGUGAGUAGUUUAACACCUCAUUUCGGAACGUGACAAACUGGUCCCUAAAAUACGUCUUAUUUUGGUGUCACAGUGACCACUAAAAAAACGAUAUUCCAUGAAUUACCUUCUAUUUAUUUAAAUGAAUAACAAAAACUCGCAGUGCAUUAAUGCAGGGCUGCCAGUUUCAGUACGUUUGAACUGAAUUCGGUACUUUUUCAGUACGUCAGUGUUGCGUUGUUAGUUUUAGUAUGUUUUUGUUAAAAAUAGUCGAUUCAUUACUAUUUUCAGUACUAUUUGGACAUCUUUCGAAUAAAGUGACGUAUUUUAUCAACAAAAUAGUCAAUUCAGUACUAUUUUGACAUUUUUUGAAUAAAGUGACAUAUUUUACUAAUGAUGGAUGACAGUUAAGUUAUGUGAUGAGUCAAUUAAUUUAUUUGAAAUUCAAAUUUAUUGCACGUUUGUUGGUUAUAAUUCUGAAAAUAAAAUGGAUUAAGAUUUUUUUUUUCUUAUACAUAAAGAUUAUAUAAUUUAAUAAAAGUGGUAAACCACAAGAAAAUCAUUUUUAUUUCACUUGUGUCCCAUUUGUUGCUAAAGGGUACAUUUUUGGUAAAUGUUUAAAAUGUUUCUAAAAAAAUAUUUAAUAGUAAAUUUAAAUCUCCAGCUAUUUUUAAGGUGUUGUUCGAUUUAGGUAUUGGUACAUUUUCAUAAAAUAUAGCUUUUAAAGUUGGUUAUUCAUUACGUUUUUUUAAAUUUAGUACGUUUUAAAAUGUUUUUCAGUACGAUUUGUCAUUUUCAUUCUGGCAGCCUUGCAUUAAUGUUCGUAACUACUAUGUUUACGUGUCAAAUUGGUCCAAAAAUGACGUCAUUAUUACGUUACUUUUGCGUCAAAAAAUCACAUCGACGCAUUUGAUCAAAAUUCAACGUGAUUAUGACGUGAAACGACGUCCCUUGCUAACUAGACUAGCUUGAUGUUGACCAUGUGGUCAGGUAUAUGAAAAUUGAAAGUUUUGUUUAUUUUUUUGAUUAAAAUGUAAUAAAUUAAGGGGCUUUUGUUGUCAAUUUUGACAAAAGUGCGGGAAGAACAUUCUUUUGUACGUGGAAAUUCACAAAACGAUUACUGUUUCUAAAAAAGUUAUAUUUAUCUUUGUGGAAAGCAUAUUUAAUUCGGUAAUAUAAGGUAAAUAAGUAACCAAUUGUGAAUCCUAAUCAGAUAAAAAUUUCCCGAGUCCUCAGCCAAGAAUUCUCGAGUUCUGAAGAUACAAAAAAAUCAUGAACUGUCUCGGAAAUAGUUAUUACUUCUGAAUUACUACCUGAAUUUUCAUAAAAAUUGAAUCAAAAACAACGGAUCUAUAUCCACAGUUUUGCGAGUGUCCGGUUUGCUCUCAAGUAAAAUUAAACAAAUCCUUAUUAGUUACACAAUUUUUUUUUUAAUUUACAGAUUUUCCUUCAUCUAACUCAAGAUCAAGUCAUAUUGAUGGACAUUUUGAAAAACGCUACGCAGUUUGUCAGUUUUGUGGAAGAUUAAUGAAAAAAAUUGAUUUUGUUCAACAUUUAUUUAUUCAUGUAGUGAAAAAUAAAUUAAAAUAUCACAUUGCUGACGAACCUUCGAAUCGAAAUCUUUCUGCUAAACAGUUGAAGGAAACCAGUUUUUAUAACGUUGGUGACAAAUCGUUUAAAUGUGAUACUUGUUUCAAAAUAUUUAAUCAAAAAUACAAAUUAAAAAGACAUUUAAUAAUUCACAGUGAUGAAAAACCUUUUAAAUGUGAUAAUUGUUCUAAACGAUUUAAUCGAAAAGGUUGCCUUCGGCGACAUUUACUACUGCACUAUGAUGAAAAAUCAUUUGAGUGUGACAUUUGUUCAAAAAAAUUUAAUCAGAAAAGUUACUUACAACGACAUUUAAUUAAUCACAGCAAUACAAAACCGUUCAAGUGCGACAUUUGUUGCAAAGGUUUUAACGCAAAAUAUAGCUUACAGCAACAUUUAAUAACUCACAGUAGUAAAAAAUCAUUCAAAUGUGAUAUUUGUUUCAAAGAUUUUAGUUUCAAAUCUGCCGUACAGAGACACUUAAAAAUUCACAGUGGGUUAAAACCAUUCAAAUGUAACAUUUGUUGCAAAGAAUUUUAUAAUAAAUCUACCUUCAAGACACAUUUACUAAUUCAUAGUGGUGACAAACCGUUUAAGUGCAAAAUUUGUUUCAAAGAAUUUUCUCAGAAAAUUCACUUACAGCAGCAUUUAGUUGUGCAUAGUGGUAAAAAACCAUUUAAGUGUGAUAUUUGUUCUAAAGCAUUUAAUGAUAAAUCUCACGUACGUAGACAUUUAAAUAUUCAUAAUAACAAAAAAUCUUAGUUGUUUUUUCAUAUUUAAAACGAAACUAAACAAAGAAUUGGAUAAAACUGCGUUCAAACUACUUUUAUUUUUCGAUUAACUAUUGGUUGGUAAAAUCCUGACGAUAAAUCAUGAACCGCCCUGUGCAGUACUCACAUUUUUCCUGCCUGGCUUGCUGUCACAGCUUAUUAAUUGCCUUAGAUUAAAAAGAUCGAAGAUGUAACAUUAUCUACCAAUUAAAAAUCAUUAUUUCCACGACGCAACCCGAAUUACUCCGACAUUUUUAUUUUACGCAAAACAUGUUUUAAUUAUUCAAUUUAAAGUUAAAAAUGCAACAAUGUGUUGUGAAAAGUAUGUACUUAUAAGUGCCAAAAUAAGAAAUAUAUUCGUUUUCAGCGGUAAAUAUUUAUUAACGUUUUGACAUGAAGCCGUCAUGAUUCUUCAAGGGAUUUCUCUAAAUAUAUAUUAAGCAUCAAAUAUUUUAGAAAACAGAUUUCAUAGUACAUACAUAAAUUUACAAGAUGGCAAAAUUUUGAACUUUUAAUUUAGUCAUAUGUAAAUUAGAAGUAAAAUAGACAUUGUUGCUAACGAAAUUUUAUUUUUAAAAAGUAGUUUUAUAAGAAUAUUUACUGAAGGUAGGUUUUAGCCCUUUUUUUAUUAAGUAUUUUUAUAAGAAUAUUAGAUAAAAUCCAGGACGACCUACUUAUUAUCUUAAGUGACAUUUGAACCUUAUGUCUUAAAAGAAAAACGUUCAAUAUGUCUAGAAUAAAGAAAUAAUAAAUAUACGGGAAUUAUUCACAUUGUUAAUAAAACGUUACAUUAUAAAACCCUAAACAGCUCGAAAAAAAUUUGUUCACUAAAAAAUCUAAAUUCUUGCAAUAUUUAUUAUACAAAAUGUGGUUUUAAAAAUAACAGGAUUAAAAAAUCCAAAUCUUUAAAUUUUGAAGAUAAAUGCUUGGAUAAAAGCAAGCGACCGAUAGGGGUUGCAAAAAUAAUCGUUUAUUCGGUAAUUUCUUUUUGAAAAUCG